AUGGAUGGGAAACCCCUGGGGGUGCAGGAAACGCUCUUGGGCCGGGAGAGGAAGCCACUGACGGAACAAACACCGCGGCCCCUCCCAACCCGCUUGGACGAGGAGCUCCCCCCAGCCAGAAGUUCCCUCGGUGGCCUCGGCCAGCUGCUCUUCACCGCCUUGUGCGCAGGGCUGCGGCAAACACCCGGCUGCUGCUCCAGGAGGCCGAACAGUGGCCCUGGGCACCAAGAGGAGGGGCAGCCCGGUCCAGGACGGCAGUUUUCCCCCCGCUGCGCAGCCGCUGGCUCCCUGGGGCCUCCCCUUCCCUGGAGACCUGGAAGUCCCUGCAAGAUGAAGCGAGUCCGGACAGUCUUCACCCCAGAACAGCUGGAGCGCCUGGAGAAGGAAUUCCUGAAGCAGCAGUACAUGGUGGGCUCCGAGCGUGUGGACCUGGCAGCUACUCUGCAGCUCACAGAGACUCAGGUGAAAGUCUGGUUCCAGAACAGGAGGAUCAGAUGGCGCAAGCAGAGCCUGGAGCAGAAGGCAGCAAAACUCUCCUCGCAGUUUGGGACGACACAGACACAGGCGGCCCCCGUCGGCCACUUGGACAGGCAGGACAGCGGUGGGGAGGAGAACGUGAACGUGGAUCUUUAGCCUCUUGCUCCUUCUCUCCUGCUGCUUUUCUCACACCAGAGAUCAGAAGGGCCCUGCCCGGUUCUGCUGGGGUGGGCACAGUCUGUGCCUCUGGGUGCCCAGC